CGAAUCUUCAUUCAUAUGCUCCAAAUUGAAUUGACUAAGGAACAAAAAUUGUUUAUAUAUAAGUACAAAAUCCUUUUCACAUCUCAUAGCUAACAAUCUAUAAGCCUAGAAAAAUGAGUCUUAAUGAAGCUAAUGUGUUAGUAAGUACUUACAUCGAUGAAGUACCUACUUAUGCUUCACAUGUACCUGUACCAAAUGUUCAAGAAACUGUGAGGAACAAUCCAUUGAAGGUUCCUGAAAGAUAUGUGAGGAGUGAAGAAGAAAUUCAAAAAGUCCUUUAUAUGCCUCAACUUUCAUCUCAAGUCCCAAUCAUUGAUUUUACACUACUCUCACAUGGAAACAAGGAUGAGAUACUCAAACUUGACAUAGCAUGUAAGGAGUGGGGUUUCUUUCAGAUAGUGAAUCAUGGUGUGAAAAUAGACUUGAUGCAGCAAAUGAAGGAUGUAGUAGCUGAGUUUUUCGAAUUUCCAAUAGAAGAGAAGAACAAGUAUGCAAUGCCCCCAGAUGAUAUACAAGGUUAUGGGCAUACUUCUGUUGUUUCUGAGACACAAAUACUUGACUGGUGUGAUCAAUUGAUUGUACUAGUUUACCCUGCCCGUUUCAGGAAGCCUCAAUUUUGGCCUCAAAUCCCCGAGGGACUCAAAGAUACAAUAGAGGCAUAUUCAAGUGAAAUUAAACGAGUUGGUGAAGAACUUAUCAAUUAUUUAUCAUUGAUAUUGGGUUUGGAGGAACAUGUUCUUAUUGGACUACACAAAGAAGUAGUUCAAGGUUUACGUGUGAACUAUUACCCUCCUUGCAACACACCAGAGCAAGUAAUUGGUUUAACUCCACACUCUGAUGCAAGCACCAUUACAAUAGUUAUGCAAGAUGAUGACGUAACUGGCUUAGAAAUUCGAUACAAAGAAAGUUGGGUUCCUGUUACUCCAAUACCUGGUGCUCUAGUGGUUAAUGUUGGAGAUACAGUAGAGAUAUUGAGUAAUGGGAAAUACAAGAGUGUGGAACACAGAGCAAUGACAAAUAAGAACAAGAAAAGGACUUCUUUUGUAUCAUUUUUGUUCCCACGGGAUGAUGCUGAAGUUGGGCCCUUUGAUCACAUGAUAGAUGCUCAAAAUCCAAAGAUGUACAAGAAUGUCACUUAUGGAGAGUAUUUGAGGCACACCCUUAAUAGGAAAUUGGAGGGAAAAACACAGACAGAUGCUGCAAAGAUUCAGGAUUAGAGGAAUAACGAAUUUUAGAAAAGAUAAAAAAAGUUGUGCUCCUUUAUGUUAUUUUUUCAUGUUGUCAAUUGUGCUUAAUCGAUAUUGUAUACAUCAAGUAUAAUUGGUGAUGAGUCUUACUUUGUACUAUACAAGUUCUUGUCACUGAAAUUUAGAUUUCAUUCUCAAACAAUUCCAUUAAACUAUGCCACUAUUAAUUUUGAAAAUGUAUCAAAACUCUUGGGUUCAAAUGUGUGAGUGGAUAAAUUUUACAUUGAUU